GAAGCGGCGGGGCCCGGCCCGGAAGAGGCGGGAUCGCGGCGCUGAUCCGGCGAGUGAGGCGCGCUCUUGGGGUCCUGCCAGCAAAUCUUUGGGAGACAGCAGAAGAGCUUAUUCUGGUAGUCCAGAGCCAGAUAGUUUCCCAGAAUGACCUCCUUGGCUGACAUGCCCCCAGAUUACAAGAUGAUGUUUGCCCAUCGAUUCACGUCGGAUGAUGAGGAAUACCAAGAGUAUCUAAAACGCCCUGCAGACCCCCCUCCUAUAGUUGAAGAAUGGAGAAACAGAUCUGGUGGCAACCAGAGAAACAGAGAUCGGUUUCAAGAUGGCAGAUACUUUAGAGGGGACAGAUACAACUGGCAAGGUGACUACAGAUCUAAUCAGAGGCCAGACAGAGGCUGGGGUAACAACUACCAGCAGCACAGACAAGGACAAUCCUACUCCUCCCACUAUGGACAGUAUGGCUACAACUCCUACAACCCAGGGCCCCGCUACCACCCCUACUGAAAUCCCUGUGGGUCCAAAGUCCAGUGAUGCUGUGUAACAAAUUCAGUUAGAUUUUAGUUUUCUUAUUUUUUCCACUGUUUUGUAGAUAACUGAAGAAUCAGUGUUACAGUUCAGUGCUGUUUUUCUGUAGUGUGAGAUGGAAAAGGGAACUCCUUUUAUGAAUAGUAAAAGCGUGUUACAUGGCGUUUGUUUAGACUCUAGAUUUUAGAUUAAAUUUUUAACUCCUUUUGUCUGAAUAUGUAUUGUGCACGUUUUUUCUUCCAUCACUGAGAUUUCUCUGUUCUGUUUUAGAAACCAGAACAGGUGAGGGAAGGACAGGAUAGCUGUGGUUUGUAUGCAGCCUGGAGCAGUGGCAGAUUGCCUUAAAAUAGCUCUUUUUGAAACUAACGUGCUGUGUCUUUCUGUGGAGAGAAUUUCUUAGUUUGGCUUCUGACAGUGAGAAGCUCAGUUUGUUUUGAAUUUCAGAUGCCUUAAAACUGAGAAGAGAGAUCCUAUUACUGAAAUACUUUAUGGGGGCAGCAUAGUGUCUGUUGACUCAAUGGCUUCAAUGCAUUUGCAGUAUUCCUCUUAAAAUGUGGUCUAAAAGUUGGAUAAAAAAUAAGUAGUUAAAUAUAUAUCUUCCUGUAGCAGUUCAGUGAUACACAAGUUUUACCUGAGAAAUAAUAACAAAUUAGAUUAAUCUGUGUUAUUUUCAAACAAAUUCGGUGUGUGUGUAACAAAUUUUGGAAUUCCCAUUUCUGUAAAGCUGUAAAACUUCAAUGCUACUGUAGUUUGUAUGAAACACUUUGUGCAUGUUCUAGAAAAAAAGAACUAUGAUCAGUACUGGUCUGUACUUUUUUCUGUAUGGGAAAAUAGCAUAAACAGUGCAGAGUGUUACUCAGUUCUUAGAAUUUAAGAUGUAUGGAGUUUUUUUAAGUAUUCACACAAUAAAAGUAUAGUUCACAUGCAA